UUGUAAUCAACAGACCUGCAGCAGCUUGUUUAAACGGGCGCAGCAGUAACAGGACAGCUAAAGGAGCUGAGUGGUCAGUGAGCCGUCUCACUUCUAACCAUCUAACUUCAACAUUUACAGUCAUUUAUUGAAACAAGAUGAAGAAGUUCCUCUCGUUGCUUCUCCUCUGUCAUGUGGCAUCUCCAGUUCAACACUCCUUGAAGUUUUUUACAACCGGAUCUUCUGGAUUCCAAAAAGUCCCAGAGUUUGUGGUUGUUGCAUUGGUUGAUGAAAUUGUGGUUGUUUGCUGCGACAGCGAUAAAAUGACAGUAGAACCAAAGCAGGACUGGGUGAGAAAAUUAUCAGAAAAUGAACCUCAGCAGUUUGAGUGGUACAGUGGAAAAUGUCGUGAGGGGGCUCACUUUUUCAAAGCCUCGAUUGACCUUUCGAAGCAGCGCUUCAACCAAAGUGGAGGUAUCCAUAUUUUACAGAGGAUGAGUGGCUGUGAGUGGGAUGAUGAGACUGGAGAAGUUAAUGGUUUUAAUCAGUAUGGUUAUAACGGAGAAGACUUUUUAUCAUUGGACAUGAAGACACUGACAUGGAUCGCUCUAAAACCACAGGCUGUCAUCACCAAACAGAGAUGGGAUGCUGACAAAGUUAGAUUUAAAGACAAUGAGUAUCACCUCACUCAGGUAUUCCCUAAAUGGCUGAAGAUGUAUGUGGACUAUGGCAACAGCUCUCUGCUGAGAAAAGACCUUCCCUCAGUGUCUCUCCUCCAGAAGACUCCCUCCUCUCCAGUCAGCUGCCACGCUACAGGUUUCUACCCUGACGGAGCCAUGAUGUUCUGGAGGAAAGAUGGAGAGGAGCUUCAUGAGGACGUGGAGCUCGGAGAGAUCCUCCCCAACCACGAUGGAUCCUUCCAGAUGAGUGUUGACCUGGACCUCUCAUCAGUCAAACCUGAAGACUGGACCAGGUACGAGUGUGUGUUUCAGCUGGUUGGUGUGAAGGACGACAUCGUCACCAGACUGGACAAAGCAGUGAUCAGGACCAACAGAGUUUCUCCCUCAGAGUUUCCUGCUGCUGCUGUUAUUGGAGUUUGUGUGGGAUUGAUGCUGCUUCUUGCACUCUGCAUCACUGGACUCUUCUUCUGGAGGAAAAACAAGAAUGGACUCAAGCCCGCAAACUCUUCUGAACAUUCAUCCUCUCCAACUCCUGUGGACAAUGAUACAGCUCCUGACUGAUCACAGUGAGUACUUCAUCAUGUAAAUAAUGUGCAAACACUGUGGGCAGAUUCCCUCCUCUGAUCAGGGUCACUAUCAAAGGUCACUAUGUAUGCAUAAUUCAGUAAACCUUGGAGAGGUUUGAGUUUGAUUUUAUUUACUUUGAUUACAUAUAUUUCAUUUGCUUAAACUGAUUAAGAUUCUAUAUCAUCUAUCACAAAGAAUAUAUUGUAUUUCAUAUUUUUUAGACUUUAGAAUCCAUGUAAGACAGUGAAAAUCCUUUGGCUCUGUAAGACAUAAUAUCUCUGUAAGACAUAACAAGGCAGGAGGUUUUGUUGAAUGUUCUGGAGAAGAGGCCAGGUCAGGACUUGAUGUCACGGCCUUGUUCCGGGCAGCAAGCUCAGGUGGCAUGACGUGCCCUUGUAUUGAUUAAGACUGCCGAAUCAGCGGAGGAAGAAGGCGGAACUUCCUGGAAGAAAUCCACCAGCAUGUUUUGUAAACAAUUGUUAGGAUAAAUAAUGGGUUCGAGGGAAAGGACGUGGUUCAGACUUCACGAACUGAAACCCGUCUGUGUGUAUCAGGGACAUGUAGUUUUGGACCCAGAGCUCUGUAACUGCACAUUUUUUGAUGUAUUGUAGUAAAAUUAUGUUAAACUUAGAACUUGGAUAUCCUCCUGCUCAUCAUUUCCCCAUCAACGAUCUGCGCAGAAAAAUGGUGAGGAUUUUCUGUUGGUGUCAGAUUAUUCAAUUUUCAAGGUUUCCUCAUGCAAUUUUUCUAACAUAAGGUACUGGAAAAGCUUGAAAAUGGACCUUGAAAGUCCUUGAAAAGUGCUUGAAUUUGACCACUGAAAAAGUGUACGAACCCUGUGUGAUGCUCCUGCUAAAACUAGCAACUCUUUACUGUCAUACUCAUAUAAUACUCUCAUAAAUAUAAGUCCGUCUUUGGUAAAACCUUGAAUUCUUCAAGUGUUAAACAACUGUUUAAUUGUUCAAAUGGCUGAUAUAUUUACAUAAUAAAUUCUUAUUUUAAGCCAGUCAUCCCGGCCUGCCCAGCCCUACAUCAACCUAUCAGUCUUCAGCUUGGAUCCAUGCAACUUGUGCCCGCAAGCUCUGCACGGAACCUGGGUGUCAUGAUUGAUAACCAACUGACCUUCAAGACUCAAGUAUCUUCAACUGCCAGAUUGUGUCGAUUCGCCCUGUACAACAUCAGGAAGAUCAGAGCCUACCUGACCGAACAAUCCACACAACUCCUGGUUCAGGCCCUCGUGACAUCUCGCUUAGACUGCUGCAACUCUCUACUGGCAGGUCUCCCUGCUGCACCACCAAGCCUCUGCAGACGAUCCAGAAUGUGGUUGCACGUCUGGUCUUCAACCAGCCCAGGAGAGCACAUGUCACUCCACUUCUCACCUCUCUGCACUGGCUCCCAGUUGCAGCCCGCAUCAAAUUCAAAGCCUUGUCUCUGGCUUACAAGACAGCAACGGGAACAGCUCCUACAUAUCUGAACUCCCUUGUUCAGGUCCACAAACCCUCCCACCCACUACGCUCUUCCAGUGAAAGACGUCUGUUAAAUAUUUAGUAUAUUUUGCAAUAUUGCCUGUUGAAUUAGUUCUAUGGUGAAAUAAACUUGAAUUAAUACAGAGAAAUU